CCAGUUGGCAAUGCUGCUUCAGACCUCGACGAAAGAGGCACAAAUGGUAUGAACAACUCAAACCUCAAAGUGAAAACCCGAAGACCUUUGAAUCGUUGAAUUGGCCUCGAAUCCAUUGAGUGACCGGUGGUUUGGGUGAGGUCUUGGGCAUCAGCCCCGUUUGAUCGACGUGACACCCGCGUUCAGGGUCUAGGUGGCAAGAUGGGCGUGGAAGAAGAGGUGAUGAGUCUGCGGAAGCAAUUGGAGAAAUGCACGCCUUCGGCCGACAAUGCGGAUCCGGAUCAGAGCGGCGUGCUGGAUCUGCUCCAAUCCUUGAGUCAGCUCAAGAUGAAUCUCAACAUCCUGUCGACCACCCGAAUCGGCAUGACGGUCAAUGCACUAAGAAAAUCCAGCAAGGAUGAGGAGGUCAUCACCUUAGCCAAAUCGCUUAUCAAGACCUGGAAGAAGUUUGUACCCGAAACCAAUGCUGCGGGUGACAAGGCAAAGGAAAAAAAGAAAGACGACGUCAAACGGAAGGACGACAAACAUGGUAGCCAAGAUGGGAAUGGUAGUAGAACCGACGAGGCUUUGGUCCGUUCAUUCCCCUCCAAACCUCAAGCCACAGCCGACGAGGUCCGGCUAAGGUGUCGGGAUAUGCUGAGUAAGGCACUAAGAGGGGAGGCCGACACCGAAUUGCCUGAUGGUAUGGGUCAAACAGUCGAAGACAUCGCCGAGCUCAUCGAGGAUGCUCUCUUCAAAAAGUUCAAGGACACCGGCAUGAGGUACAAGAACCAGAUUCGAUCUCGAGUGUUCAACCUGAAGGAUAAAAAGAAUCCCGCUUUGAGAGAGAAUGUGCUCACCGGAGUGAUCCCACCAGACACGUUUUCCACGAUGUCCGCUGAAGAUAUGGCCAGUGACGAAGUCAAAAAUCAGAGGAAAGCUUUCGUGAAAGCGGGUAUAGAUGCAGCCCAGUUGGCCAAAGUGGAAGGAACCAAAACCGACUUGCUCCAAUGUGGAAAAUGUCACAAGAAAAAUUGCACCUACAACCAAAUUCAAACCCGAUCUGCUGACGAGCCUAUGACCACUUUUGUCUUAUGCAACGCUUGCGGAAAUCGUUGGAAGUUCUGCUAAAAUGAACCACUUGGGUAUGACUCGAUGUCCCGUGGACCAAACUACAAAUCAGAAAACUUGAAAGCUUGCGCUAGUUUAAGUGCGCCGUGAAUACAUGAGAUAAGUGAGCGAGGUGAAAUAAACGAUUCAGCGUUUG